AGAGAAGAGAAAAGGAAUGAAGAGAGAAGGUUAAAACAAAACCUCUCAGCUGAGAUUUGACCUCAGAAGGAGAAUCCCGGAGGUGAAGCUAUUUCAGAGAAGAGGAAGUAAAAGAAGGCGGUGUCUGUGUGACAAGAAAACCACUUAACAAUGAAAAAAUUCACACUGUUUGAUUUUGUAAAUGAUAAUUCACUGCAAAUUGGAGAGACUUCAUGGAUACAGGACCUUCCCAAUGAUGACAAUGAACUAGAAAGACUUCUGAAACCAAAUGAGCACGUGCUAGUAAACUGGCCUGUGGGAGAAAGAAAGACAGAAAAGCACCUGGUGAAAGUAGUGUACAUGAGUGACGACCCCCAAGAGCUGGUGGAAAUGAUGCAAAAGAUACUACGAGCGGAUGAAAUUACAAAAAUACAAGUCCUUGGAAAAGGCAAGAGGAAGAGGAUAGAAAUGAUAUUCUCAGAGAGUGAAGACAGUGACCUGGAUAAAGAACAGGGGAUGAAGCAUAUAAAAGAUAUGAAGAUGAUGAAGCAUAUAAAAAGAAAGAAAUCAUUACAGGCAUCUGCUCCUGCCAACAUCCUCAGUCAACUUGAAACAUCUUUAAUUAACAAACAGAGAGAAACAUAUUCAGGAAGCAACUUUCUGUAUAGUGAAAGUAGCAGUGAUGAUGAAGAGCCUUUAUUUCAACUAUCCAAGGUAGAACUGUGUGCCAAAAUAAAAAGUCUCAAGAGGAAGCUGGCAGACACCAUGAGAGAAAACUGCCGCCUAAGGCAGUCCCUGGUGAUGCUUCAAGUGUUGCCACAGGCAGUGACCCAUUUUGAGGAACUGGUAGGGAUGGCUGAAGCACUGCUCAAAGGGGGAGUGACAUCAUCUACGUCCAGUCUGCAUUCACAUGCGAUUUGGAAAGCAUCUAACAAUCCGUUAGCAGAUUCAUAUGCAGCUGUGCAUAGUAACUCCAGCUCACCAAUAACUCUGAAUGUGGAAGAUGAGGAGCAACAGACUGAAAAACAGUUCAAGAUCGAAAAGUGGCAGAUCGCACUUUGUAACAAGAGCAAACCUCAAAAGUUUAUAAAUGACUUGAUGCAAGCACUUUAUACACAUGAAUACAUGGCUACACACAGCCUGACAGGUGCGAAGUCCUCCUCUUCAAAGGAUAAAGCAGCGAAACCAGCUAUGAAUCAGAAUGAAGUUCAAGAAAUCAUAGGAAUCACAAAACAGUUGUUUCCAAACACAGAUGAUGCUUUAAUUAGGCGAAUGAUGGGACAAAAACUGAACAAUUGCACCAAGAAGCCAGUUUUAAGCAAAGAUCUUAACUCAGGUGCUUUUCAGAAGCAUAGCUUUUGUGGUUCAACAGCUGCUCCUCAGGGCAUCAUCUCUUCGGCUGUUCCUCCCAGCACACAAGACCAGCAGGAUGAUGAUUCACCAGCUGCUAAUGCACAAAUUCAGCAAAGUGACAGCCGUCUGACUCCCCCACCUCCCACCACACAAGGUCAGCAGGAGUGUUUCAAACCCACUCCUUCUAAGGUGGAGUCUCAUCUACCCAGAAGCUCACCAGCGCCCUCUCCCAACCACGGUUGCGGACGGGAUCUCAGGAAUUCAGACAAGGAAUAACAGAUGGUAUUUCAUACCAUUUCAAAUUCUCAACAGAGAUUAAGGAGUAGUAUAAAAUAAAAAAAGAAGUAAUAUCUGAAUAGGCCUAGCAACAGUGGACAGAGAUACUGCAAGCAGAAUAGAAGCCUGAGAACCAUUUUCUCAAGCAAAUGAAAAUCCCACAGCCUAGAAAAAAAUGAAGGCAUAUCAAUAUCUUUGGCUUUAAGAUAUUAUUAAAUAUAUGCAUGUUAUGCAGUAAUUCAAAAAAUAUAAACUUGUUCUGAAGAAUAUAAGAGAUCCCCUUAGUUAGAAAAAAACAUUAUUUAAAGUAAUACCAAAAGAAUGUAUAAAAGGAACCUUAAUCCCCUUGCUUUCACCUUGACAGCUGAUGGAAAACUGCUUUACCGAUCAGAGAAAGCUAUUGCAUAUUAAUACAAACAAGAUAUAGAGGUAUGAAAAGAGAAUAGAAAAAUUUCCUAGUGAAAUGAAGACUAUGGCCAGCACAGGGUUAGAAAGCACAGGGCCGCAUGAGCAGAGAAGAAAUAAAAUAGGUAUUUAAGGAUGCUGUUAACUUGGAAAGAAGAAAACAUUCUUAGGGCAAUGAAACUGCAGCUCUCAAGAUGUCUGCAGGAAAGAAGCAGCUCAUUUUUAACCUCUGAAGUUGGAAAGGCAAUGAAAGAAGCCGUGUUCCCUCUUAGCUCAGGGAAUAGUCUUCCAGGAUAGCCUGUUUGGUUGUGGAGGCCGUGGCUUCUCUCACAGGCCUUCUGCUGCUGGUUUGGCAGCUCUCACUCUCUCUUCUUCCCUGAACAUCGGGUCCAUAGGAUAACGGUGCCUGAUCCCUCCAGUCAGGAAAUGGAGGACAGUCUGUUGGAAGCGACUAGUAAAGGGCAGAGUUGCCAGCCUCUACUCCCUGUGUUUCGAUUUUGGUAUGCUACCUCUUGCUUAGAGAAAGGGUGGACAAGUAGAGUAUUCCUUAUGGGACUGGGACCAGAAAAAUCCCAGUAACUGGGCAGUUCCUUUUAAGACCUGACACCUCUUGUGCCAGGGAGCAGCUGGCAGUCACACACCCUGUAAUUGCCGGAGGAGGAGGAGGGAAGGUACAUUUUUUUCCUUCCUGAUGAUUCCAAGUUUACAGUGUGACGGUAGCAUGGGAAGGAGAGAACGCUUGGAUUAUAGCUUUUGUGUCUGAGUGUACUUCUCCCAGAACAGAGAGUACUAAUAGUUAUAUCUAUUUCAUACGUGGCAAACAAGCAACUAAGGAAUCAAGAUGAAAAAAAAAAAAAAAAACAACAUAAAGUUUAAGAAAUCUAGCUUGAUUUGAGGAGGAUUUCUAUAACUCAGGACAUCUGAGUUAUAGAAAUAAAUUUAAAAUAGUAUUAGGGUGAACGCCGGGAAAAAAAUCUGAAGAUUAAGGUUAGCAGCCAAACACCUCUAAAGGGAAGUGCUGCAAGCCUAACUGUGCUAGAACAAUGCACUAAUAUAAUGCACUGUGGGGAAGACUUUCGUGUAGGCUGGGGUAUGAAUUAAGUGACCUGCUAGCCUUUUUCAUCUCUCAUGUCUACCAAUUCCUUGUAGAUAGGAUCAGGAUGAAAGCAGGUAUGAAAUAUGAUGUAAGUUCUAUCUCAUGUUAUUAACUACCAUCCAUAAAAUGCAACAGAAGGAUGUUUGCUAUUAUGUACAUUUUGUAUAUGUAACUGUAUGUACAGCAUAUAAGAAUGUAUAUAAUUAAUCAUAUUUUUGAAGCAACUUUCUAUCAAAUAAAAUGAAACAUU